GCGGAUGCCGUGCGGCUCAUGUAUCCCAUGGCGCUCUGCCAAAUGCUUGGGGACGUUGUGCCCGAACUCGAAGAGGCGAGUCCUGCAGAGGUUGCAGCACCACUGGAGAGGGUUACAUUCCUCGUACAUGGAUGUCCACCGAUACUCGGGGGAGAGGAACUUGAUGGACCACAAUUCUUCCGCCACAGAUUUGCUCAGCUCUCUGGCCGCUGCCUCGUCCCUGCCGCAUAUGCGGAACCAGGAUUUGCGCUCUUCCUCUCCUUCUAAGACCAGCUCUUGGACCGCCGAUUUCCAGGAGUAAACUGUAUGCUUCUGAGUACGGAGACUGCGGCAGGAUGCCCUUGAGUACCAAGCCUGAAGCUUGUCCAUCUCCUUUCCUGUCGUCGUUCCCGGGCAUCCCCCAUUGAGCCUCACGAUUUGCCACGCCGCAUGAGAUGCUCCUGGGCAGUAUUUCAGCUUUUCGUCGUCCAUAUCCCAAGGCUCGCAACCCAAUUUGUAGUACCGCUCCGCAGGCUCGUCAACCACC